CUUGUCAGUCUCUGUUGGAGAAGCAUGGGCAGCAACCAGACGUGGAUCACAGAAGUCACUCUGCUGGGAUUCCAGGUCGGUCCAGCCCUGGAGUUUUUCCUCUUUGGAUUUUUCUCUCUCUUCUAUACCGUCACCCUCCUGGGGAAUGGAGUCAUCCUGGGGAUUAUCUGCUUAGAUUUUAGACUUCACACCCCCAUGUACUUCUUCCUCUCACACCUGGCUGUUGUUGACAUGUCCUAUGCUUCCAACAAUGUCCCCAAGAUGCUAGCAAAUCUUGUGAGUCAGAAUAGAACCAUCUCCUUUGUCCCUUGCAUUAUGCAAACUUAUUUGUAUCUGGCCUUUGCUCAUGCAGAGUGCCUGAUUUUGGUGGUGAUGUCCUAUGAUCGGUUCGUGGCUAUCUGCCACCCCCUGCAUUACUCUGUCAUCAUGAGCUGGAGAGUGUGCACGGUCCUGGCUGUCACUUCCUGGGUGUUUAGCUUCCUCCUGGCCCUGGUCCAUGUGGUUCUCAUCCUGAGGCUGCCCUUCUGUGGGCCUCAUGAAAUCAACCACUUCUUCUGUGAAAUCCUGUCUGUCCUCAAGCUGGCCUGCGCUGACACCCGGCUCAACCAAGUGGUCAUCUUUGCUGCCUGUGUGUUUAUCCUGUUGGGGCCCCUCUCCCUGGUGCUGGUCUCCUACACACGCAUCCUCUCGGCCAUCCUGAGGAUCCCGUCUGGGGAGGGCCGCAGAAAGGCCUUCUCCACCUGCUCCUCCCACCUCUGCGUGGUCGGGCUCUUCUUUGGCAGUGCCAUCGUCAUGUACAUGGCCCCCAAGACCCGCCAUCCUGAGGAGCAGCAGAAGAUCCUUUCCCUGUUUUACAGCCUUUUCAACCCUAUGCUGAACCCCCUGAUCUACAGUCUGAGGAACGCAGAGGUGAAGGGCGCCCUGAGGAGAGUGAGGUGGAAAGAGAGAUCCGUGUGA